AUGAGUUACGAAGGCAAUGGCGACGGCGUCGCUGUCGCUACCGAUAACAACAACCACAACUACAACCACCACGACGACAACGAGAACUACAUAGCUCUGGAGAGCUCGCCUCAUCCGUCUCUUGGUGGCGAGGACCGUCACGAAAACCCCAAAUCUCGACAGGAGUCUCCUUAUCUUGCAAAGGAAUCUCCAAGAAGUGACAAGGAUAGAGACAGAGAACGGCAUCUAGAGAAGGACAGUGAACGGGAGAAGAGCAGAGAUAGAGAGAGGGAACGAGAUCGCCGUUAUAGGGACCGUAGUAGCAGAGAGCGUAGUGAGAGAAGGGGACGCCGGAGAGAUGAUUUGGACGAUGAUGAUCAUCGCAUAAGUCGAGACCGUGACAAGAGGAGGUCUCGCGAUCGUGAGAGAGAGGAGAGACACAGGAGACGGUCACGCUCUCGUUCGAGGAGGUCACGCUCUCGCUCUCGUUCAAGAAGGUCUCGGUCAAGGAGGUCUCGCUCUCGCUCAAGGAGCCGCUCUGAUCGUAGGUCAAGAUCAGAACAUAGGCAGAGGUCUGAACAUAGAUCACGUUCACGCUCACGGUCUAAGAGCAAGAGGAUAAGUGGAUUUGAUAUGGCGCCUCCUGCUUCCGCAAUGUUAGCCGCUACUGCUGUUGCUGCUGCAACAGCCCAGGUCCCUAGUUUGCCAACCAAUGCUACUAUUCCAGGAAUGUUCCCCAACAUGUUCCCAACCAUCCCUGGUCAGCUAGGCGCUCUUCCUGUAAUGCCAGUUCAAGCAAUGACUCAGCAGGCAACUAGGCAUGCUCGACGAGUCUAUGUUGGUGGUCUUUCACCCAUUGCAAACGAACAGUCGGUGGCAACGUUUUUCAGCCAAGUGAUGUCGGCCAUUGGAGGAAACACUGCUGGGCCAGGUGACGCAGUGGUCAAUGUUUAUAUAAACCAUGAAAAGAAGUUCGCUUUUGUAGAGAUGAGAUCUGUGGAAGAAGCGAGUAACGCAAUGGCACUAGAUGGCAUCAUAUUGGAGGGGGUUCCUGUAAAGGUGAGGAGGCCAACUGAUUACAACCCGGCCCUUGCUGCAACUCUCGGUCCAAGCCAGCCUAAUCCCAAUCUCAACUUGGCGGCUGUCGGAUUAUCUUCCGGGUCUACGGGUGGGCUCGAGGGUCCGGACCGGAUCUUUGUGGGUGGGCUUCCUUAUUACUUCACAGAGGCACAGAUCAGGGAGCUCUUGGAGUCUUUUGGACCCCUAAGAGGUUUCAACUUGGUGAAAGAUAGAGAAACAGGAAACUCCAAAGGAUACGCCUUCUGUGUUUUCCAAGACCCUUCGGUAACUGACAUCGCGUGUGCCGCUCUAAACGGGAUUAAGAUGGGCGAUAAAACGCUUACCGUUCGGCGUGCAAUCCAAGGAGCUAUCCAACCUAAACCCGAGCAAGAAGAAAUAUUACUUCAUGCCCAACAGCAGAUUGCUUUGCAGAGGCUUAUGCUGCAACCAGGAGCCACGCCGACGAAGAUUGUCUGCUUGACGGAAGUGGUGAAAGCUGAAGAUCUUGGAGACGAUGCAGAGUAUGAAGACAUAAUGGAGGACAUGAGACAAGAAGGUGGCAAAUACGGUAACUUGGUGAAUGUUGUGAUUCCGAGGCCUAAUCCGGAACAUGAUCCUACACCAGGAGUUGGAAAGGUUUUCUUGGAGUAUGCGGAUGUGGAUGGUGCGGCAAAGGCGAGAUUGGGGAUGAACGGAAGGAAAUUUGGAGGGAACCAAGUGGUGGCUGUGUAUUACCCUGAAGACAAGUAUGUGCAAGGAGACUACGAAGGCUGA